CAAAUGGAGCUGCUGCUGGUGAAUAAGCUGAAAUGGAAUCUGGCUGCAAUGACCCCCCACGAUUUCAUUGAACAUUUCCUUACUAAAAUGCCUCUGGUAGAGGACACCAAGCAGAUCAUCCGUAAACAUGCUCAGACUUUUGUGGCUCUGUGCGCUACAGAUAUUAAAUUUAUUUCAAACCCACCUUCCAUGAUCGCAGCUGGCAGUGUGGUAGCAGCUGUGCAAGGCCUGCAUCUGGGGAACACUAACUCUUUCCUCUCCUAUCAAGGCCUCACAAAUUUCCUAUCACAAGUUAUCAAAUGUGAUCCGGAUUGUUUACGAGCCUGCCAAGAACAGAUUGAAUCCCUCCUUGAAUCCAGUCUACGCCAGGCACAGCAGCACAACGUAUCUUCAGAAACAAAGACUGUAGAGGACGAAGCAGACCUCUCCUGCACACCUACUGAUGUGCGAGAUGUGAACAUUUAAGAGGACUUCUUCUAAGGGGUUUGCUUGGCAAGAAAAGCAGACAAAGAAAGGGCAUCUGAGAAGGAAUCAGCAUCAGGAUCUCCCCCACAGAAACCCUUUUCUCCAGGACAUUUUUAUACCAGAAGGGAAAAACAGUCUUGUUAUAUUUUUUCUUGCUCUGUCUCCCUUCCAUCUGUGACUUCAAACAAACAAAUAAACAAAAAAUACCCCAAAAACUGUCUUAAAAAAAGAAAAAAAUAGUAUUUGCAUUACCCCCAGGGGUUUGUGCUACAAAAAUAGAGGAUUUUAUACAAUAAUAAUCAACUAGUUUUUAUAUUAAAGUGUUCUUGUCUGUAUGUUGUAAAAAUAGGCAUUAACACACAAAAUGUCUCCAGGGGAGGUAUUAGAUUUGAUUUCUUACAUAUAAAACCAACCAACCAACCAACCAUUUUUAAAGUAGAAGAGGGUUUUUUUUUUUUUAUUUUUUAGCUAGCAAAUGAAAUAUUCUUUUCCUU